CUCGAAAAUAAGAUCGAAAAAUUGCUAAGCAUUUGGACAAAUUUCGGUGAACACUACCAGAUUUGGAUUAUUGUGGAGGUUUGGUUUGAAGAUUCCAAAAGGGAUGUCGGACUAUUAUGAGGGAGAAAACUCCUGUAUACGAUGUCUCCGGAGUUCCCCGAUUGCAUCGCUACUUGGAUUCAUAGCAGUCCUCAUAGGCGGAGGAGCGUUCGGUGGUGCAACGAUCUUCGCACGGCGAUUUCUCGAUGAUAUGCUGAGUGCACCACAUUUAUUCCCAUGUCUUGAAUAUGUCGUUUACGGUUUGAUGGGAGCCACGGGCUUAUUUGCAGCAUUGGCUUACUUUGUAUGCGCCAUCUCCUCUGGGAGAAAUGCGAAGCAGUGUUUCGAAAGCACAAGAAAGUCAAUUUGUGGUCGAUGCUGUAACAUGCUGUCAAUAAUUUGUGUCGUCUUCGGCAUACUACUCUGGACAGCCAUAAUAUGUCUGAUGAGCUAUUCAGUGAUCAGUUUUGCUCUACUGAUGCAUCGUCAUGAAGGUCCUACACGUCUUCGACUCGCCUCACUGGACCCAUCUAUUUUGGUUCGUGGCCAGAGAUCUGCACAGGACUGGGCACAAAUGCAUCGCCUGCACCAGUUCCAGCCAAAAUCUUUACAGUCUUCUGAGGAAGAACGUAACUUCUUCAACGAACCUGAUGUUGACUGGUCCGAUAGUUCCAUCAUUCACGGUGAACCACCCUCUCCAUCAAGUUUUCAGGAUACGCAAGAAUUCACCUCAUCUAUACAACGAGAUCCAUCACAGGUGCAUCGCGCUACAAACGACGAAUUGUCGAAAAACCGUGCGUUUCUCACAGUGAACAACUUUACGGGCGAUACAAAUGUUGUUCUCAGUAAUCAGGUCCCACAGAACCUACCGGAAAAAGUUCAACAGCAAGGAAAACAGCUGAUCAAUCAGGCACUGGACUUAGCCGAAUCUGCGAGACAAUUCUUCAAAUGCGAUCCCAAUAAGUUUGACCUAUCCUACUACGGACUGUAUGAUGAAAAUGGUCUGCCCAUCUAUGUGGCACAAGACACGUUUAUGUCGAAGAUACCUUCAAUCAUGAUUUGCGUUAGUGUUGCCACCGGUGGAAUUUUCUUGAUGAUACUGGGAUAUCUGCAAAUUCUCCUAUGUAUGGCAAUGAAUUACGCAAGACUACAGGAGAGACGCUACUAUGAGGCGUCCGACGCAGGAGAAGAGGGAGUAGCGCUGCAGCAGUAAUCGUUCGCUUCAGUCGAAUUUGACUAAAAACUGCCACGUAAACCUAUUCCAAGAUUUAGGGCCUACUGCACUCAUCUUUUUACAAAAAAAAACUGUUGUCACAUUGUUUCGUGGUAAACUCGUUGUCUACUGUUUAUCCACCAGUACGAGCUUCAUCCUUUCUACGCUCCUUAAAACAUGUGCGACAAAAUGGUAUUUAACUGACAUCAGCUUGACUAAUUUUUCUGCUCGCACCCCAGUUGAAGUAAAGUUUAAGCCUUCAGUUUGCAUUGUUUCAGGUCCUUUUUUACCUUUUCAUCAAGUUUCUAGUCUACUACUAUAUUCCUUUUUCGCUGUUACGCGUGCAAUCACAUUCGUUUUUUCAAUAUGCUAUCCUCAAAAGGCAGGUCACACUACAUUCCCGCUCCUCUUGUACCACUUUUCUGUUAUCGGUAGAAGCCAUUCUACCGUGACCUUUGUAACUGACUUUGGUGAACAGCAUGCCUCACCAUACACUUCGAGUAGUUAUCGGUUGAAUUUUCCUUUCUUCGGUUGUUCACCAUUUACUUCGUCUCGCAGACAUUUGUAAUACAU